AGGUGAUGAAAACGUUAGCGGAGAACCGAACACAAUGGAAACGUGCGCCUGCAGCCCUACGUUCUUCUAGGAAUUAAAGGAAACAAUAAUAAUAAUAAUAUAAUGUACAAUGGUUAUACAUGAAACUACUUCAAAUCAUUUAUAGUCACGUGACCUUACUAUCGAUUUCUUCCCUUACUUACUUUAAAUAUCUAGGACGAUCGAUUAGCUUAUCUUAAUUUUAGUUAGUAAUACAUACAAUUAAUUAAUAGGCCAAAUUUUCAACAAAUAUAUCAACACAGACUACUGAAAUACUGAUUGGUAAAAAAUUCAGUUAACAGCGAAAAAAGAGAAUGUCUGUUUAUCCAAUACCCUCAAAUAAAAUACCUGCAAUGAAUAUGUAUCAAGAGAUAAAUGAUUGUAGAAUACGUGAAUUCAAUGACGAAGUCGAUAUCACUUUUCCACCGUAUAUAGUUGAUAAAAGAAUAUUGAAAUGUAUAGAAUAUAAUAAUUUAAAUUAUUUACAAGCUUAUAUUAAAAAAUGUCCAUAUAAUAUUGAACGUUAUUUUUAUUCGGAGAAUAUCCCAUCAAUAGAUCCAAUUCUACGUAAGGUUAUUAUAUCUAAUCUAUUAGGCUAUGCUAUACUUUAUCGUGCUAAUGAAUGCCUACAAUACUUAUUGACAAUCAGCUCAAAUCCUUUUCAAUCCGCUUUUUUCAUCGAAUACUCUUCAAAGCCUAAUGGAAUUAAUAAAAAAUUAUUCAUGUAUGAAGCACCAACUGUUAUCCUGUUGGCUAAUUCAAUUCAAGAGAAAAAACGUGAUGAAGUGAUUAAACUGCUAAUGAGUUUAAGAUCAGCUAAUGUUGAACUUCACUUGCCUAUUGCACUACGUCAACAACAAAUGGAACCACCGAAUGAACCUGUCUCACUUAUCCUACGUUUUAUAGAUACAUGGGAGUGUUUAGAAAAAGAGUUGGAGAAACAAGAUGAAGCAGAAGCUAGUAAGAAUAAAGAAUUAUUAAAAGAAUUAAAAUCUGUGUAUAGAGCAGAGAAAUUUGAUAAGAUGAAAAAUGAAUGAACUUGAAAGUUGAACAACACAUUGUUUAAAUUUCAGUGUGGCGCGAAAUCAAAAUAAUUUACUUUUAACUGGAUAAAUAAUUUCAAUUAAUUUACUUAUUCAUUUAAUACUUUAUUUUGAUAUUUAAUUAUUAUUAUUACUGUAAUAACCAAAUCACAUAUAUACCUCAUGAUGUGUGCCUUUAAUUAAGUCUUCCAAUGGCGGUAUAAUAAACGUCGCUAAGUCAACCUGUUCUCCUUUAUA